GUAGCAGUCGGCCUGUGACUUUUAAGUGAAUUUUAUGUUGGCAUCUAUUUUACGUCGAUAUAUUGAUAAAUAGCGACACAAAAGCUCGGUGAUUUUGUUUUCAAACCGAAUGAUUCAGCACAUGAGUAUAAUUAGCAUUAGUCAUCUACAUUUCUAUGUUUCUGGAGGGUCCAUCAUCACUGUACCAGAGAAGUUAAUUUAGUAGAUAACAUCAAGAUUAAAGGCCCGGGCAAACGCCCUCAUGCUUCUAUUCUCACUGAAAUAAUAAGACUAAAGCAAAGAAAACUGGAGGGAUGCUUAUAUCUGCCCUGAUCAACAAGCGUGAUGUAUAUUUAUAGAAAAGUGAGGCGUAGCAUCAUCCGAAGGUUUGGAGGUUACAGAAAAUUGACUGUAUGUACAGGUGUUUUAAUGCUAUGUCUGAUGGUGUAUUACUACAGAUCUCCCGUACUUCAUGCAGGUACAAGACAGGUAUGGGACGGCAGCAUGUUGUCAAAAAAUAGCACAGGUGCUCGAUGUGGGGUGAGGUGUCCGGCCGGCCAAAAUGCCUUCAUGGCUAGGACAGGUACAGGGAUUCAUGUUAGACCUACAAUCUGCUUCAAUGGAAGGACAUUGUUUAGUCCAGACCUCCAGAAUACUGGCCGUGGUAUCAAUGCAGUGUUUAUAGAUCCUGAUACCUUGGAAAUUAAAGACCAACAAAUAUUUGACACAUAUCUUGACGUGUACCCUCUUCUACGUUACGUCAGAGACAAGGUGCCCAGAAAUACACUUGUUCUAGCUGUCAGCUUUGAUGAAGUGUCAGAAGGCCUAAAAGAAGAGGGAAGAAAUGUCUUUGUUGCUAUGGGCAGCAACCUGAUCUCAAGAGUACAGUUCCGGGACAAUUUUAUGAUCGUUGGCCAACUGGGUCUGAGGCGAGGCCAUGCUAUAGAAUUUCAUAAAUCCAGGGAAACAAGUGCUUUUGCUCCACCAAUAGAAAAACAAGGAUGUUUUGGUUUACCAAUGGGGCCUAUUGGAGACAUGGAGGAUUAUCUCCCCUCCGUACAGACAUUGGGAGCUAUACAGCCUGGACCUGAUUUUAAGAAUUGUGGAUUAGCAUCUGGAUGCGAGGAUGGAACAUUUUCUAUGUUGGUUGAUACAGGAGAAAGUGACAAAAAAGCUCCCAAAAUUUGUGUUGCUGGAAAAAUAAUUGUAGACAAACAGAUCAACGAUGCAGGCCGAGGGUUUAACAUGGCGGUGAUAGAUCAUGUCUCCUUCCAGGUCAAAUCUGUCUCCAGAUAUGACACAUACCUAAAAGAUAGCCUUAGCUUAGAAUUUUUCCUGGACAAACUUGAGCCUGAUGACAUUGUUGUAGCUGUUGUCAAUGACGACGGAUCAAGAAAGCUGAGUCUACACGCCAAGGAGCUCUUCAACAAGUUAGGCAGUAGUAUGGUGCAGAACCUCAAGUUUAGGGACGUCUGGUAUUUUGUAGGUCAGCGUGGUAUCGAUGGGUUCACUAAACAUGAAAAGAUCAGUUACGCUGGGUAUGAUGGUGAAUGGCCAAAAAACUUACAUAGUUCUUUCUGUGUUAGUAAAAAAUUAGAGGGAUUGAAGGUGGCCCCAGAUCCUGGUGGUUAUCGUAAUGAAGGCAGACGGGCGUUCUGUAAGAAGUAUGACGGCUAUGCAGACUUUUGUGAGGCGUCAAAGAUUGAUAAGACGAUCUCUCCUGUGGGCCUUGUGGAUAAAAGUCUGUUUAAUAACCCCAUAUUUGACGUCCCCAUCAUCAUAAUACCAGGAAUGGACCACAACGCCCUUGUUCGUACUUUAGAGACCACCAUCAUGCAGCCUGGAGUACGUCCGUCCCUCGUUACGGUGAUGUGGGAUGAAAAAACUGUGGAACAUGCAGAACUUGCUGAUCUGUUUAGUUACAAUAAUCACAGCUUGGAGGGAAGUCUGAACUAUAUCGACCAGAUGCAGAAGGCAUUGACAGCGGGAUGGAAACUCAUUCCUGAAGCUAAAUACCUGAUAGUUUUAGAGGAGGAGAUCGUUUUGGCUCCUGACUUCCUGUCCUUCCUAGGCCAAAGUUUGGUCAUAGUUGAGUCUGAUGCUACCCUGUUAGGAGUGUCCGCCUGGAACUAUAACGGUUACGACACCACCUCCGGAGACAGGACAAUGGUAUAUCGAGUUGAAGAAUUCCCUGGACUCGGAUUCCUGCUGAAGCGAAGCGUGUAUGACACAUACAUGAAAGAUCACAUGUCAACAUGUUGCUCACAAAGGGUUUGGAACAGUUGGGCACUAGCUGGAGAGGAUGUUGUCGGUGAAAUCCUGGUACCGGAUGUGUCACGAGUUUACCGUCAGCCAUACCAGACAUGGAAUACCGACGAAGACUACCUCACAGAACUUUUCAACAAACCAAGACUCACUAAUUUAGAGGCUGGGAUGAACUUGAAGGGCCUUUCUCAUCUGAUCGAGAGCCACUAUGAUGCCUUACUUCAUAAAAAACUGUUAUUAGCCAAUGCCAUCAACAUCGAUGUGUUGAAGAAAUGUUUUACACUGAAAGAACAGCAACUAUAUGUACCAGUUGAAAUUAAGUCAGUGUUUGCUGUGUACUUUGAGCAGUCCGGUCCAGAAGAUUUUUCCCUUCUGAACAAAUUGUGUCUUUGUUUUGGUUUAUAUUCCGUUAAAGGAAAGAGACCUAGGAACCUUCAUAAAGGUGUUAUCAGGUUUUAUUUUGACAGAAAAGAAGGUAUCUUGGUAGGGUCGUCAUCACAAGAAUUUUACAAACACAAACCUGCAGACUAUCAGGCUCUUACGAUACAGAAUACAGACAAAGUAAGAUAAGCAUCAUCAAAGGCAUCUUAAUACACCCAUUACCUUAUACAUCAGCGUACUAUAUUUACUGUGGAUCACUGUACAAUAGUUUGUUGUAAGUAUUGAUAUUUUCAUCAUAAUCAAAAUCAAAGCUUAUUGCACUACAUGUCGAGGGGUUGAACAUGAUCAGCAUAACUGUAAAAUCAUUAUGCAUUGUUAAAAUAUACAUGUUAGCUAUUUAUACAAUUAAAUAAUAUAGGUAUACAUAUGUAUAUACAUAAAACAAAUGACGAGAGUUUCUUAGUACAUCCCUAGCGCUUUCACCUCUUUAGGUUCAUCAGGGAAACUCUGAAAAUAUAUAUAAUAUAUUUCACAAAUGAAGCUGUAUGAAACUUAAAUCAUUCUAGAAUAAAAUCUACGGAGUUUUGAGUGACUGAAGCAGAAUGAUUCAUUAACCUGGUCAAUUUUAUUGUUGUGCUAUUGUUUGAUUUUGCCAAAAUGAAAUAUCCUGUGCCCUUAUAGGAGGGUGCCCCUGUAGUAGGGAAAUAAGAUUCUUUUUCUUUUUAUGAUAGUUUAUAUUUCACUGAUUUCACCCUCGUCAAACAUGAGUAUUUAUAGAGAUGUGAAGGAUAAUGUUUCCCUACUACAAGAACUAAAUGUUUGUUAUCAAACUUAUAAUUGUUUUCAUAGGAAGACAUGUCCAAUGAAGCUAUCGAUUUUUCAAAAUCAUUCAUUUAGAUUGGUUAUUAUGCUGUUAAACUGUUAGUAUUGUUAUAGGAUAUCAAAGAGUAUUUGUUUUUAAUUUACAUUUGUAUAA